AUGUCGUUUGGCAAGUCUGGCGGCCUGAGCAUCAACACGGGCGGCGCAAACUCGCCCUUCGGCGGCGCGACCUCCCAGCCCGCGAGCGGCGGCCUGUUUGGCGCGUCCACGUCGACUCCCGCCUCGUCGCAGCCCCAGUCGGGCGGCGGCCUCUUCGGCGGAGCCCUAAACAAACCCGCGACUCAAACGGGCGGCAGCCUGUUUGGCGGCUCGACGCCCGCAUCCAGCGCAGGAGGAGGAGGAGGAGGAGGGCUUUUCGGGUCUAGCACGGCGACGGCAUCGUCGCAGCCACAGCAGUCGGGCUCAUUGUUCGGUGGCGCGCUGGGACAAAACACGCAGCAACAGCAACAGCAGCAGCAGCCGCAGCAGAGCGGAAGCUUGUUCGGCAAUGCGGGCCAAACGCAGCAGCAGCAAUCUUCGACGCCUUCUUUGUUCGGCAGCAGCACCACGACCCAAACGCAGCAGCAGCCUUCACUCUUCGGCUCCUCGACGACAACCUCGCAGCAGCCCCAGACCGGUGGCGGUCUCUUCGGCAGCUCCAUGAAUACCAACCAGCAGCAGCAGCAGCAGCAGCAGCAGCAGCAGCAAGGCGGCCUCUUCGGCAGCAGCACCGCCCAGCCCGCCAAUGCCUCGACCAACACGGUGCCGGGCGUGCGCAUCGACCUGAGCAACAUCCGCGGCUCGACGCGCUUCAACGACCUGCACGAAGACCUGCAGAAGCAGAUCGAGCAGAUGGACGCGCUGAUCCAGCAGCAAAUCAGCCACCACGACCAGUGCGCCGCCUUCAUCGACGGCCGUAUGAAGGAGAACCUGGCCUACGUGCCCGCCGACGUCGACUUCAUCGCCAGCAAGACCGAAACCGUCGAGACGGCGCUCGACAACGACAGCCGCGCCAUCGCCGCGCUCAAGGAAACGUUCAAGCACGACGCCGAAAACGCGCGCAUCACGUUCCGGGUGCUAGAGAACCUCAAGUUGCCCACGCAAUUCCACUACACAGGCUCGAUGUGGACGCCAGCCGCGACAAGCGCAGCCGCGCGCUCCGCCGCCGCAGGCAAAGACAGCGACCUCGACGCCGCGACCAGCGACGAGGGCAACACGGACCUAGUGGCGUUUUUCCAAGCGCAGGCGACGGCGCUCGACGGCACGCUGGACACGCAGGCGCGCCUGCUCGCCGAGAUCGAGCAGCACCUGCGCACCGUCGAGGCCAGCACCAUGCACCAGACGCAGGAGCUGCUGGCGCGGCGCGGCGGCGGCGGCCCCAACGGCGAGGCAGACGCCCCGGCUGCAGUCGGCGGCUCCAGACUCCGUGACCUGGCGCUCUUGUUUGCGGAGAUUCAGCGCGCGAUUCUGAAUGAGGCGGCCAAGGUUGGUGAUUGUAGGGAGAAGGUCGUCGAGACGACUAUGGGGAUUGGGGGCGCGGCGACGCCGGGGUCGCUGAGGCGUUAG